AUGAAGCUUCUUCUCCAGCUGUCACUGCUUACUCUAGGCCUGAGUCUGGCUCUGGGUCAGAUAAUGCCCCGAAGCAGCUGGUGUCCUGUGCCGCUCUCACCGCGUCUGCCCAGGCUAGCUGGUCCUGUGAGCUACAUCAUCAUUCAUCACACGGCCACGGCGCAGUGCUUCAAUCCUCAUCAGUGUCAGCAGGCCCUGAAGAACAUACGAGCUGGUCAUCUGCGCCGGAGAUUCAGGGAUAUUGGUUAUAAUUUCCUUAUUGGAGGAGAUGGACGCAUUUACGAGGGCCUGGGCUUUGGGAUACGAGGCGAACAUGCUCCCAAUUAUAAUAGCAGAUCCAUUGGCAUUGCUUUUAUUGGGAAUUUCCAAAAUGGCUUACCACCUGCCCAGAUGAUGCAGGCUGCCCGGACCCUCAUCCGUAUUGCCGUACAACGUCGUCAGGUCGUGCCUAAGUACUCUCUGAUAGGUCAUUGCCAGACCAAGGCCACGGCCUGUCCAGGAGUACAUCUACUAAACGAGUUGCGAAAGUUAUCGGGUUAUAGGAGAAUAUAAUAUUUCUCCAUUUA